AUGGCUGAUUUACAAGGUCGCAAGAUCUACAAGGUCUUCGGGCAGGAUUUCAUUGUUGGCGACAGAUACCAUGUCACCAAGGAACUGGGUCAGGGUGCAUACGGUAUUGUCUGCGCCGCAAACGACACCGUGACGGGUGAUGGCGUCGCCAUCAAAAAGGUGACCAAUGUGUUCAGCAAGAAGAUCUUGGCCAAGCGCGCCCUGAGAGAAAUUAAGCUGUUGCAGCACUUCCGCGGCCACCGUAACAUUACCUGUCUGUAUGAUAUGGACAUUCCUCGUCCGGAGAACUUCAAUGAAACAUAUCUGUACGAAGAAUUGAUGGAGUGUGAUUUGGCCGCUAUCAUUCGUUCCGGACAGCCCUUGACCGAUGCGCAUUUCCAAUCUUUCGUUUACCAAAUCCUCUGCGGUCUGAAGUACAUCCAUUCGGCAAAUGUCUUGCAUCGUGACUUGAAGCCCGGUAAUUUGCUGGUCAAUGCGGACUGUGAACUCAAGAUUUGUGAUUUUGGUCUCGCGCGCGGUUUCUCAAUCGAUCCUGAGGAGAAUGCUGGUUACAUGACUGAAUACGUCGCGACAAGAUGGUACCGUGCCCCGGAAAUUAUGUUGAGCUUCCAGAGCUACACCAAAGCUAUUGACGUGUGGUCCGUCGGCUGUAUCCUGGCCGAACUCCUCGGCGGCCGCCCCUUCUUCAAGGGCCGUGAUUACGUCGACCAACUCAACCAAAUCCUGCACUACCUGGGCACCCCCAACGAAGAAACCCUGAGCCGCAUCGGCUCCCCCCGCGCCCAGGAAUACGUCCGCAACCUCCCCUUCAUGCCCAAGAUCCCCUUCGACCGACUCUUCCCCAACGCCAACCCUGACGCCCUCGACCUCCUCGACCGCAUGCUCGCCUUCGACCCCACCUCGCGUAUUUCCGUCGAGCAGGCCCUCGAGCACCCCUACCUUCACAUCUGGCACGACGCCUCUGACGAACCCUCCUGUCCCUCGACCUUCGAUUUCCACUUCGAAGUCGUCGAGGACGUCGCCGAGAUGCGCAAGAUGAUCUACGAGGAAGUUGUCAAUUUCCGCGCUGCCGUGAGGCAACAAUCCCAGGCUCACGCCGCCGCCGUUGCUGCCCAGCAGCAACAAUUGGGCAACGUCCCGAUUCCCGAGGGCCAGCAUGGUGGCUGGAAGCAUGAGGAGCCUAAGCCGCAGGAGGCUGGUGGCGGUGGGGGUCCUGCCAACGACCUUGAGGCGUCGCUAGCGCGGGGGAUGGAUGCUCAUCAUCGUUGA